AUACUUCCAUGUCCAGUCGAAUUUUUUCACCUCCCGCGUUCGGUUCGUGUAGUACAUUUGAUGAUCAUUAAAAAAAAAUCAAUUUUAUUGCGAAAAUGGCUUAUCCGCGUAUUGUGAGAUUGCGUCAACCUAAGUAACAUUUAUGGAUUGGAAAAACUCGUCAGAAAUUCCUCAACGGUCAUCUAAUUUCUACGAAUUCUGGUUUUGGAUACAUGGAUUGAAUUCAACAGUGCUAACAAUUAAAAAUGAAAUCGAAACUUUGGAAGUGGAAAAAACUUCGUUUCAGACUGUGACAUUGGGCGAUGCCCACAACCAAAGUGAAUAUUCUGACGAAACCAUCAUUGGAUACCCUAUAAGUGCAAACGAUUUUCUUUUCUCCGUUCUGGCGAACGAUUUCCCACAUUCGCCGUAUUGAAGAAACCCACUGACCAUUAUUUUUUCAUCGAGUAUAUGGCGUUCGUGAAAACGUGGAUAUUUAUGGCCGGGGAUUUAUAGAAUCUACGUAAGCAAAAGGCUUGAAAGGCCAAACUUCUUGGAUGAUCUUUCAACUGUCACAACAUGACAUCGAAGUGGACUCUACUUCUGAUUCCACUAAUGACCAGUUGUUUCCAUUCGACACUCGGAGCAAAAACUAAUCGCAACAACUACGCAAACAUUUCCGAUAUAGGGGAACUUUCCAAACACCACGCCGUAAGUUUAUCACUCUCCGACAUUCUUCCUCAACACCACAAAACGUACGAUAAGAAUCGUGCGCCCAAACUAUUGGGUCAACCGACAGUGGUGUAUUUCCACGUUACUGUCCUAUCGAUAGAUUCUAUCAACGAGGAAUCAAUGACGUACGUAGCGGACAUAUUUUUGGCACAAAGCUGGCGCGAUCCACGGCUACGAUUGCCGGAAAACAUGAGCGAAGAGUACCGGAUACUGGACGUCGACUGGCUGCACAACAUUUGGCGACCGGAUUGUUUCUUCAAGAACGCCAAAAAAGUCACCUUCCACGAAAUGAGCAUACCGAAUCAUUAUCUAUGGCUUUAUCACGACAAAACACUGCUCUACAUGUCCAAGUUGACACUGGUUCUGUCCUGUGCGAUGAAGUUCGAAUCCUAUCCACAUGAUACGCAAGUUUGCUCGAUGAUGAUCGAAAGUUGUAAGUAUGGAUGAGGUAAAAGACAGGUCUGUCGGUUAUAUCAUUGCUUGUCGGAAAAUAAGAUUUUGAUGAAUCGGAAAUCAUUCAGUGAAGGUAAGCUUACCAAACAUUUUUUUAAAUAUUUUUUUCUUUAGCAUUGGGGAUCUAAUUCACAACCAUCCUCUCAUAGCAAGGGUUUUCAUUCAUGAAAAUAUUUUUGUUACAAAGUUUUGAGACAUUUGAUAAUUCUAUUACCUACUAGAA